AUGAGACCCCCCGUCUCGAUGCUGGUGGCAGCACCACUGCAGCAGCCCUCGUCGCUGGCACUGCACUUGCAGCAGCCAUCCACCCUGCUGCUGUCGAUGCAGCCGUCUCUACUCAGCCCGGAGACGACGCUCGCACCGCUCAACGCCGCCAGCGAACCAUGGAUCAGAUCGCUGGUCUGGACGGACUUUCGCGUCGCGGUGGCGCUCUUUGUCGUUGUGCCGUUCGGGCUGCUGGCCGCCAGCGUGGCGGCGCGGGUGCCGCGCACGCCCGACGAUCGAUCGAAAUCUGCCGAGACGGUGCUGCGGCUCAUGACGAGCUACUGGCAGGCGUCUUCCUUACUGCUGCUGACGGUCGCGCUGAACAUUCAAGAAGCUAAUCUGGGAGUGUUCUGCGGGCUGGCCGCGCAGGCCAUGAUCGUCGUGAGCCUCUGGUGGUGGUCGGACCUCAACGAAGAGCUCGACGACGACGAUGCGCCGCUGAGCCGUGCGUUCCGGGCCUGGCGCCUGCCCACGAGCGUCGCGGCCGCCGCCGGCGUCGUCGUGCAGCUGCCGUUCCAGGGGUGCGUCGGCGCGGAGUCGCUGGCGGGCGACGCCUUCUGCGCGCCGUGGCUCGAGCCUCCAAAGUUCGCCGCGGGCCUCGUCGGUCUCGACGCGUCGCCGGCGCUCGGCUCUGUUGCGAAUAUAGGUUGUCUGUUGUAUUUUGCCGUGCUUUCGUACUACGCGACGGUCUUGCUCCCGACGGUCGGCCGGAGCGGCCGCGCGGCGCGUCCGACGCUGAUGAAUUUCACGCCGAUCGGCGCGUGGCGCGCGCUGGGGUUCAUCUCCGACGACGCGAUCGCGCCCACGGCGCCGCCGGCCGUAGGCUCCGCAGAGCUCGCGGCGCCGCUCGACCGCUUCCGCUCGCUGAUGGGAACGUUGUACGGCAUAGCUGGCAUUGCGCACGCCGCCGACUGCCUCAUAGGUACGUCGGCUCUCUUGACCGCGGCCGGCGCGCCGCCGUUCCAAGAACUACCGCUACCGGGACAAGCGCUCGCGGGCCUGUGGUGUCUGGCGGGCCCGCUUGCAUAUCUGACGAGCCGCAGUGGCGGCCGCGUUGCCGAUGCGGGCCUCGUUGCGUACGGGCUCGUCGAAGUGCUCGGCGCCGCGCUCAUCAGUGCCAACGUCGACGCCGCGGAGCUCGCCGCGCUGCCCAACGCGCUCGCCGUGCAGGGCGUCGUCGCCGCUUCUUGGAUUUAUAGCUCGAUGCAGACGGAUAAGAGUUGACACAGAGUAAGACACAGAC